AUGUUACUAUACGAGAAAGGUGCAAUGUUUAAGGCGCAUACAGACACAGAAAAGAUCCCAGGCAUGUUCGGCACAUUGGUUAUCAGUUUGCCUUCACCUCACGUGGGUGGAGACGUCGUUCUUAAGCACGGCGGAGAGGAGAAAUCAAUCAAAACCUCGACUGCAGACAUGUCUUUCGUGUGCUGGUACUCGAACAUUUCAUACGAGGUACUUCCGGUGACUGAGGGUUACCGCUGGGUUUUGACCUAUAACCUGGCCACCAACCCAGCUGAGGAGAUUCCAUCAGCAGCAUCGCUUCAGGAAAAUGCUUUGUUCGAAGAUGCUAUGGAAGUGUUACUCAAGAAGUGGCUUGGCACGAUUGUCAAUGGCGUACGAGAUGUUCAUUCCCCGCUUUAUUACUGCUUUGCCCACGAGUACACCGAAGCCAGCAUAUCUUUGAAAGGGCUCAAGAUGAAGGAUAAGACGAUGACUCAGCGAUUGCUAGGAAUAUGCAAAGAAAAGGGGUUUGACUUGUUCCUUGCCACUCUGGAGAAGGAGCAGAGAGGGUCUACGGAAGAUGAUGGAUCUUACGAUAGAUACGGUACGUAUGCCAGGUAUGGAAGAUACGGCGAAAAUUCAGAAAAUUCUGAGGAAGAGAGCGACGGUGGUGAUGAUGAAGGGCAUCACUCCAUGGACGAAGUCUAUGGAGAGGACUAUCGCCUGAAAACUGUAUUCGAUCUGCACGGCAACCAGGUUGUGUCAGGGCUCGCCAUUGACAUAGAAGAUAUUCUUCAAGAUACGUGGGACAUAUUCGAAGGUGACCCUGACGACGAAGAAUACGAGGGCUAUAUGGGAAACUCAGGGCCCGAUAUUACACAUUGGUACAGAAAAGCAGCUCUGGUGAUUGUGCCAUCGCAAGGAACGUUCGCAUUCUUAUCCAAAGGAUUUAGAUCCUAUUCUUAUAUCUCUCUUGACCAAGACGAGAUUGUGCAUUUAACGACAUGGUAUGUCCGCCGCUGCCUCUUACCUACGGUAGAGGAAACUGCACUGAAAGCUUGCGUGUCAUUAUGCCAGCGACUAUUGCAGCCAGGGACAGAGUCAUACUAUCCUGUAAUUUCUCGACAGAGUAUCACAGGUUCAUUGCUUUGCGCAGUACUCAAAAUCUCAUUGAUGCAUGAUCAACGGGAGCUACUUGAACUCACCCUGGCACAAAACAAAGAGCCAAUUCCCACGGCGUUUUUCGUCUGGGCUGCGAAAGAUCUUGACAGGCAGAAAGUUCCAUUGGACAAGUUGAAAACAGUCUUGUGCUCAUCAAUUCAGGCACAACCGCGUAUUUCCCUCAAAUAUGAUGUUAUCUUAGAGCUCAACACAAUCGAGGAGGCUGCCUCAGAUAUUUUGCAGGAUAUUAUCAUAUCUGCUGCUCAACAAGCUCUCGAAUCUUGUAAAACCAUUGUACUUUACAAGGAAGAUGGGCCAGCCGUCUUUGAGCUAGCACGGUAUCACAAGAACUUCGACUACAUCACAGAUGACCUCACACCGCUGUUAGAAAACAGCAGCUACACACCUUUCAUGCUUAGCUUCCUGAAAAUGCUACGUCAGGCAAUCAGCUGCGGACAAAUUGCACGAGAUGCAGGCUUGGCUGUCUAUAAGACUUUUGCCGAGUCCACCAUCAAGGCUAUGAAUCUUUCUACCGUAACGGCUUGCGAAGAAAGUGAACUCCAGCAGGACCAUUACAUGAUGGGUUCUACCGUGGCAAAGCCAGAAUUGAAACCGUCGGCGUUGUUCAUGGAACAUGAUGCACUCACAGCUUUUGUCGAAAGUCUAUUCCAGUUUGACAUGGACAAACAUCUGGAGCUUUUGGCUGAUAAGCUCAGUCGUGAUGCCAAAAAUGUCAAUUUCAAAGAAUUCAACCCACUGUACAUUCCUAUCUUGGAAGGCCUCUUGAUUUCACUCGAAACGCACAAGGUCUCGUUGCAGACAGACCGCUAUCAACGCAUAUUCCAAGCCUUGUUGAAAGCGUAUGUCGGCAAAUAUGUAGGCAUAGAACCACAAGCGGGUGAUUGGACGCGUCGGACCGUAACAGGUUGCAUCUGCCUAGACUGCCAAACUCUGAACAGGUUUUUGGAAGACUCCUCAGCUCAGUCUGACCGUUACUGCAUGGCCGAGAAGCGGAGGAAACACUUGGUGCAGAAGCUGAACUAUGGUAUGGGGUACUACAGCAUUGUGACCGAACGCGGACGCACACCCUAUACCUUGGUCGUGACCAAGACGACCAAGCCCUACGAUAAUAAAUUUGUAGCCUGGGUUGAGCGAAGGCUAACAGCGGAGAACAAGAUCUCUGCCUUCGACCAGGAAAAGUUGAAACUUCUGUUAGCUGACAGAUAUGAUAAAAUCACCUCCAUGAGGCAAGUGUCCGAGGUGCGAACAGCUGGUCGUGUCAAAACCUCAAACCCAGCCAAUAGCGUCAUUUCAAAUGUUGCUCAUCCGAAUCUGGGCCUGUCGGCCUCAUCUUCACGGCUCACUACCCCGAGACCACACGCUGCCACCUCAUCCCUUUCCAGAUACAGCCUUUCGCAUAUGCAUCCUUCUACGUCACCAGUACCAAAAUCUCCCAGCGCGCCAUUCACACUGACAUCUAGGAACAUCCACGAAGAGGUCGCGCGCCUCCAGGCUGAAAUUGCACGGGCCGGUGGAAUCGCUCAUGUGCCGUCGUUACCGUCGUCUGAAUUAGCAAAAUAUGACUCGGCGCAACGCUCGUCAACGCAAAGCUCCAUUUAUACUCGAGCACCAGCCAGCCGGCUGCCCCCAGUACCUCCACUGGCCGGCACGAAACGCAAGGCUGCCGAGGUUGUUGACCUCACCGGUGACAGCGAUUAG